GGAGUUCACCAGAAAUAAUCAUUGAUGGUGAAUACAGUAAGGCCAGUGACGUGUGGGCUUUUGGAGUGUUGAUCUGGGAAAUGUUCACUCUUCUUGACAAAGAACUUAAUGAAAGUGAUGAUGAAAUGUCUCAUUUUCCCUACCAUCAGUAUAUGUCCAAAGAAAAGGUACAUUCAUUAUUAUUUUAAUCAAUUACUUCUUUACUGCAUGCAGUCUAUUUAAAGGAUAUACUGCAAUAUGGAUUAUUUCUUUGGAUCUGUGUGGAUGAUAAGCCCAUAUAAACACACAUCACUUUAGUAAUUGUAGAAGAGUAAUCCAUACUUCUAUAUUGUAAAAAUGAGAACAUCAUACGAUUAAGAAUAGGGAUGACAGGAUUAAGAAUAGGCACUGUCUUUCUAUAAAAUUGCACUGCUCUUAGCCAAUCAGAUCAUAGUAAUGUUUCCAUGUAUAUUACCUUAUGCAUAAUGACGUCACAAGGCUUGAUGCCCGGGAGGAUUGUUGGUCUUAGUAGUCAUCGCCCGGGAAAAAUAAACAAUUCAAAAUGGCCACUAUCGAAAUUUUCCAGGGCGAUGCCAAAUAAGACCAGCAUUCCUCGCGGGUAUCAAGCCUUGUGACGUCAUUAUGCAUUUACUUUAAAUUUACUUAUAAAUUUACUUUUGUAGUGGUGAUAGCCAUAUUAUGUUAUUAUACAGACUGUGUGCCUCUUGUAUUUCAGAUAUUGUCAUAUUUGCAACAAGGAAAACGACUUGGCCAACCAAAAAGUUGCUCAGAUUGGCUUUACGAAAUAAUGCUUCAGUGUUGGGCAUUUAAUAUUCAAGAUCGACUCAAAUGUCAAGAUAUAGAAGAUCGUAUUAAGGAGAAAAUAUGUCUCUAAAUUACAAAACCCAUGUUUUUGACAUUACAACUAUACACGUAAAAAUCAACAAAAUGUGUUCGGAAGAGGCUUCUUAUUUACAGGUUGUAGCAAUAUUCUGAUUCCACGAAGUCGCUAUAUAUUUUUUAUAUCUUUAACAUAAUAUCUUCCAAAUCUCGCAGACUCAUUUCUAUACUGAG